CUGGGAAAGUCAGGUUUUUUAGCUGCAUUUUCGUUGAUCUUCUUGUCGGAGAUUGGCGACAAGACUUUCUUCAUCGCAGCGCUGCUUGCUAUGAAAAUUGGGAAAUGGAUGUCGUUCUUCGGGAGCGUCAGCGCGCUGGCGGUGAUGACCGUCAUCUCUGUCAGCAUCGGCGCAAUCUUUUCGCGCGUCCCUGAUGCACUCAAAAGCUCCAUCCCGGUGGGGGAGCUGGCUGGCAUCGCGCUGCUUGUCUUCUUCGGCGUGAAGACGCUGAGGGAUGGCCUGUCUCAGCCCGCGGACGGAGCCUCCGCGUCGGACGAGGAGCUAGCGGACGCAGAGACUGCCGUUCAGCAGGUGGAAGGUGGCAAGGCGCAGCGGAGAUCAGCACUGGCCGUGUUCAUUGAGGUGGCCACGCUUAUCUUCCUGGCGGAGUGGGGGGACAGGUCUAUGCUGGCGACCAUAGCACUGGGUGCAGCGCAGAACCCCGUGGGCGUGGCGAUUGGCGCCAUUGGCGGUCAUGCGGCUGCCACAGGCAUUGCAGUGCUGGGUGGUGGGAUUGCCUCCAAGUACGUCAGCGAGCGCACCGUGAACAUUGUCAGCGGCGUGCUUUUCUUGCUUUUCGCGGCCGCAACGGCGUUCAGCAUGUUCUGA